CAAGUUUGUGUGAAGUUGUGAAAAGUUGUCAACCCGAAAAAAGAGCAGAGAAACUCCUCCCGUCUUCAAAUUAUGAGCAAUCAGCAGCAGGGCGAAAUGGCCGCUGUGGAGAGCGGUGGAGGCUUCAGUCAAAAGCGAAACACAAAUUCACAAGAAUCACAGCAACCAUCUCCUCUUGCCUUGUUGGCUGCCACAUGCAGUCGAAUUGACACCCCAGGAGAGAGUGAUUCCCCUGCAGACCAGCAACAGCAAAACCAGCAGCAUCAGCUGGACCUAAACCAGAGUGUUUUCACCUCCAGUGCCAACGGCUGGCAGGUUAUCCCUCUCAGCGUUCAAGCAUCCUCAGGGUCUAACACUGUCACCACCGAUUCCUCAGGGGUGAUGACAGGAGGAGACACCGGCAAGAGCAGACAGGUGCUGUCACCAUCAGCAGCUGCUGCAAGCUCUCAGGGUCAGCAGCAGCAGCCACAGCAAUAUGUACUAGCUCAAGCUCCAUCAGUACAGGGUCAACAGGUGCUUACCACCAUAUCAGGCAUGAUGCCCAACAUUCAAUACCAGGUUAUUCCCCAGUUUCAGACAGUAGAUGGCCAGCCAUUGCACUUCGCACAUGCUCAGCAGGAGUCAGCUGUACCUGCUGCCGCAGGACCAGGGCAGCAGUUUCAGAUAGUGUCCUCUCCUAAUGGCCAGCAGAUCAUAGCUGCAACCAACAGAGCUGGUGCAGCAGGAAACAUCAUAACCAUGCCCAGUCUCCUUCAGGGAGCCAUCCCCAUACAAAAUAUAAGCUUAGGCAACAGUGUGUUACAAAACCAGCCUCAGUUUGUGGCAAAUAUGCCCGUCUCUAUAAAUGGAAACAUCACUUUGUUGCCUGUCAGUGCCGGUGGUACAGGUGGAGAUGCAAAUGGUGGAGGAGAUGCCGGGGGAAACCAACUCAUACAGCAACAGCAGUCGCAACAGCCAGUGUCUUCCAAUAGUGCGGCAGGUUACAUGACAAGUGCAUCCACUGUUACUACACAGACCUCCUCUUAUGGAAUUACUCAAACACAUAACAGCAAUGGAGCAGUGACAGGAACGUUCCAGCAGAGCACAGCAUCUUCCUUGGGUGUCCCAAUACAGCCAGACAACAGAGACGGGCAGCAGCCACAGCAAAUCCUGAUACAGCCUCAGCAGGUUAUCCAAGGUGGAACACCACUCCAAACCAUCCAGGCCGGUACUGUUGCGACUGCAGGCGGUCAAGUAUUUGCGGCUCCAACACUUAGCCAGGAAGGGCUCCAAAAUCUUCAAAUUAUGCCAAACACGGGGCCCAUCUUCCUGCGCACUGUGGGUCCCAAUGGCCAGGUGAGCUGGCAGACCAUUCAGAUCCAGAGUCCGACAGGAGCACAGAUAACACUGGCUCCAGUGCAGUCUCUCCCGCAACUUGGCCAGACUCAGGGGGCUGCUGCUGGAGGAGUAUCUGUCAACACUGUGCAGAUCCCUGGCAUCCAGACCAUAAAUCUAAACUCCCUUGGAAGCUCUGGCCUGCAGAUGCAUCAGCUACAAGGGGUUCCCAUCACCAUCACCAGUCCAGGUGAGCAGGCGUUGCAGACAGGUGGAGAAAGUUUGGAUGAUAGUGCAGCUAUGGAUGAUGAAGAUGUAAGCCCACAACCUCAAGGGCGACGUAACCGCAGAGAAGCCUGUACCUGCCCCUUCUGCAAGGACGGAGAGGGACGCAGUGACCCAACUAAAAAGAAACAGCACAUCUGUCACAUUUCUGGUUGUGGGAAGAUUUAUGGCAAGACAUCCCACUUGAGGGCCCACCUUCGCUGGCACACAGGAGAACGCCCCUUUGUCUGCAGCUGGUCUUUCUGUGGGAAACGAUUCACCCGUUCAGAUGAGCUUCAGCGCCAUAAGAGAACACACACAGGUGAGAAGCGGUUUAUGUGCCCAGAGUGCCCUAAACGCUUCAUGCGCAGCGAUCACCUCUCAAAGCACGUCAAGACCCAUUUGAACAAGAAAGUAGCAACUGUCACCACCAGCAGCACCACAAUCACAACUGAUACUGCUUCCCCUGCAGCAGGAACAGAAGCCGGCACUGGAGCAGUUUUGGCCAGUGACCAGCACACCAUUGUCACCAUGGAAACCUUAUCUGCAGAGAGCAUAGCUCGAUUAGCCAGCAGUGGUAUCAACAUGAUGCAGGUGGACCUUCACCAAAUCAAUGGCAACAGUUACUAAAAAUGGUGGAGGAAAAUGGCGUUGGUGGAUAUUGUAUUUGGACAUUCGGGGUUAAAAAGGGCACGUUACUGCAAACGCACAACUUCUCAAAGGCUUCCAAUGAGAGGUGGUCACAGAUGCAACACAACAGACACUAUUGAAUUUGAGAACUGAGGCUGGAAUAUGAUCUACAUCACGUAUUUAGAUACCUGUGGCAUUUUAGGUUUAGGGGUGGGUGAGUUGGAUUAAAAUGUUUAACUCGAGAAGUCAUCAUAAAAUCUUAUUUUCUCUGAAUAGAAAUGGCACUACAUUUGUCCCACAUACAGAUCCAAUGUUACUUGAUAGUAGGAGUGCAAUAAAACACAGAUCAGCACACUUCCUGCUGAAUUUGUAGCUCAUAAUAUUCUCCAUACAAGCUUCUUUAGUGAAGAGAUGGCACUGUUAAGUCAGGCUAUUGCCCUCAUUUCUGCGCUUUGCCACUUGCCCCUCUUCAUUUCAGGCGUGUCCUGCCCCAUCAGACUGGGCUGCUGUAUCAUCCCUGCCCUUCAGGCAAACUGUCCCACAUCAGCUCAAAAUGCUAAAUUCCCCAUUAAAAACUGAGCAACAGAUAUUAAAUUCUCAAAUUGCUGUGGUUGCAGUGUUUUGAGAGCUGGAUAUGUUCACAAACUAAUAAUCCCAGUACCUUUGAUUAUGCAAAAUUAUUUGGGGUAGUCAGUUGCCACAAUACAGCUGGUAGCAACCGGUCAGAGCUACAAGUACUAAUCAGUGUGAGGAUAUGUGUCUCAGGGCACUGAAAACCUGAGAAUAACUCUUUAACCUCUUAUCUAAGUACACACAUUCAAGCCAUCAUGCUUUGAUAUCUUUAUCAUCGCAAAGCAUUUUGAUUUUUUUAUGUAUAUAUAUAUAUAAAUAUAUAUAUUUUUGGUAAAGGCUACAGAAAUUCUUAGCAUAGGCAGGAUCAUCUUACAUGAUUGCAAGAGAUUGCCUUUCAGUUGUCUGAACCUCUUGUGCACAAUCAAUCUUAAUCUUGUUACUUUUAUAUAUAUAUAUAUAUAUGUAGAUUAAAUGUGUAAACUUAAGAGCUUCUCUGUCAUAGAAUAAUGUAUUGUCUACAGUCCAGAUCUUCCAUGUACUUUUUCUGUGGUAUACUUAUCUUCUGAGACUUUGCCUUGCAGUCACAUCCAUUUGUUUAAAACUAUUUUUGUUAAGUCCUAUCUGGUCGCAGUGAAGUAUUUGGUAAUAAUGUCCAGACAGCAUAAAUAUGUAAGCUCAAAACCAAAGGUUCAUACUCACUUUACAAACAAAAGUAGGAAACUUUUCUUUGGUCCACAAACUUUCUAAUAAUUUGUACUAUUGUAAUGCAUAUGCUAAAGUUAUAACUGGAAAAGAUCCAGCUUGAGGCAAACCUUGGAUACACUUCCUUUUGUUGUCCAAAUAAAUAAGUUGCAAACUGUAAUGUUUUUCUGGAAAGAUGUGCUUCCCAUCACUGUUGAAAUGUUUGUUUGUUUUUGCUUCAUAACUCCUUUGAGAAACAACAUUGUAACAUGUAAUCUGUUUAAUGUUUAAAAACUCUAUAGACUAAGUUCAUUGGACAGCAAGUGCUCUUAUUUUUUUUUUUUUUGCCCCGUUUUAAAUAAGGGAUUUUAUAUUGUGUAUACGAACUACUGCGAAUGCCAACAGCUGGAUUAAAAUAAUAAAGAUAUUCUGUUUCA